AUGUCCAAAGCUGUUGGUAUUGAUUUAGGUACUACAUACUCCUGUGUUGCUCACUUUGCUAAUGAUAGAGUUGAUAUCAUUGCAAAUGACCAAGGUAACAGAACUACUCCAUCCUAUGUUGCCUUCACCGACACUGAAAGAUUGAUUGGUGAUGCAGCAAAGAACCAGGCUGCAAUGAACCCACACAACACUGUCUUUGAUGCUAAGAGAUUGAUUGGUAGAAAGUUUGUUGACCCAGAAGUCCAAACUGAUAUGAAGCACUUCCCAUUCAAGAUUGUUGAUGAUGCUGGCAAGCCAAAGAUUCAAGUCGAAUAUAAGGGUGAAACCAAGGUUUUCACUCCAGAAGAAAUCUCUUCUAUGGUUUUAGGUAAGAUGAAGGAAAUUGCUGAAGCUUAUCUUGGUUGUAAGGUUAACGAUGCUGUUGUUACUGUUCCAGCUUACUUCAAUGAUUCUCAAAGACAAGCUACCAAGGAUGCAGGUGCAAUUGCUGGCUUAAACGUUUUAAGAAUUAUCAAUGAACCAACUGCUGCUGCAAUUGCUUAUGGUUUAGAUAAGAAGAAUGAAGAAGGUGAAAAGAAUGUCUUGAUUUUCGAUCUUGGUGGUGGUACUUUUGAUGUUUCUUUAUUGUCCAUUGAAGAAGGUAUCUUUGAAGUCAAGGCUACUGCAGGUGAUACCCAUUUAGGUGGUGAAGAUUUCGAUAACAGAUUAGUCAACCACUUUGCCAACGAUUUCAAGAGAAAGCACAAGAAGGAUUUGACUGGAAACCCAAGAGCAAUGAGAAGAUUAAGAACUGCUUGUGAAAGAGCAAAGAGAACUUUAUCUUCUUCUGCUCAAACUUCUAUUGAAAUUGAUUCCUUAUUUGAAGGUAUUGAUUAUUACACUUCUAUAACUAGAGCAAGAUUUGAAGAAUUAUGUCAAGAUUUAUUUAGAUCUACUUUAGACCCAGUUGAAAAAGUCUUGAAGGAUGCUAAAUUGGACAAGUCCAGUGUUGACGAAAUUGUUUUAGUUGGUGGUUCUACUAGAAUUCCAAAGGUUCAAAAGUUAGUUUCCGACUACUUCAAUGGUAAGGAACCAAAUAAGUCCAUCAACCCAGAUGAAGCUGUUGCUUAUGGUGCUGCUGUUCAAGCUGCUAUCUUGACUGGUGACCAAUCCUCUAAGACUCAAGAUUUAUUAUUAUUGGAUGUUACCCCAUUAUCUUUAGGUAUUGAAACUGCUGGUGGUGUCAUGACCAAGUUGAUUCCAAGAAACUCCACCAUUCCUUGUAAGAAAUCCGAAACUUUCUCCACUUAUGCAGAUAACCAACCAGGUGUCUUGAUUCAAGUCUUUGAAGGUGAAAGAGCUAGAACUAAGGAUAACAACUUGUUGGGUAAGUUUGAAUUAUCUGGUAUUCCACCAGCCCCAAGAGGUGUUCCUCAAAUUGAAGUUACCUUUGAUAUUGAUGCUAAUGGUAUCCUGAAUGUUUCUGCAUUAGAAAAGGGUACUGGUAAGACUCAAAAGAUUACCAUUACUAACGAUAAGGGUAGAUUAUCUCAAGAAGAUAUCGAAAGAAUGGUUUCUGAAGCAGAAAAAUUCAAGGAAGAAGAUGAAAAGGAAGCAGGUAGAAUUGCUGCUAAGAACCAAUUGGAAUCCUACGCAUACUCUGUCAAGAACACCUCAUCAGAAAAGGCAUUUGAAGAAAAGGUUGAAGCUUCUGAAAGAGAACAACUCACUAAGGCGUGUGAAGAAGUCAUCUCUUGGUUAGAUGAAAACCAAACUGCAACUAAGGAGGAAUUCGAAGACAGACAAAAGGAAUUAGAACAAGUUGUUAACCCAAUCAUGACUAAGUUCUACCAAGCUGGUGGUGCACCAGGUGCUGAAGGUGCUGCUCCAGGUGGUUUCCCUGGAGCAGGUCCAGCAGCUGAAGAACCAGCUGGUCCAACUGUUGAAGAAGUUGACUAA